ACAUGAUCGCAGUGUGUAUAAAUAUCACAGUGCAGAUGUGGGUACGGUCACAACAGCUGCACAACAUCUGUCUGAGGUCGAGGACUAAAGCAUCAAGUUUGAGAAGAUGAAGCUCUGCAUCGUGUUCAUGGCUCUGACGCUCUUUGCUCUCAGUGACGGGAUGCCCCCCCUCAGCAGGGACUACAACUCCCACUGUCGCUGCGUGGAGGUGGAGUCGAGGAUCAUCCCUCCGGACAGCCUGCGGAGCAUCAAGCUGGUCCCUGAAGGACCUCACUGCCCCGACACCGAAGUCAUAGCCGGACUGGCGAGCGGCGAGAAGGUGUGUCUGAACCCUCGGUCCGCGUGGGUGAAGAAGCUGAUCAAGUACGUCCUGGAGAAACAGCUGCAUCAGCAGGGAGGAGCCAAGAAUCGAGUUUAACAACCCAACUGUUGCUUCUCUUCCUACCUCCCUCCUGCAGCAAUGAGCCAGGCUCUUAUUACUUUAAAGAAUAAUACACAACACAUUAUCUAACCUCUUUGUUUUAUAUCUCUGCUCUGGU